CUCCAGUCCCACACUGUUACAGGCCACUGCGGGGCUCUAGCCCUGGCCCUGCUGCCCCUGGUCCUGCUGUGCCUGGCCAUGUCAGGCCCUCCUGUCGUUAGGCGCCCAGGCUGUCUGGUCCAGGUCCAUCCAUGGUCCAGAUGUUGCUGAACCAGAGAGUGCUAGUUUUUGGAGGUGUCAGAAAUGGCAGAAGAUGGCAGCGAUGAGACCAUGUUUAUUUGGUGCGAGGAUUGCGGUCAGUACCACGAUUCGGAGUGUCCUGAGCUUGGCCCAGUGGUGACAGUCAAAGAUUCCUUUGUUUUGAGCAGAGCAAGGUCAUCCCUUCCUUCCAAUUUGGAGAUCAGACAACUGGAAGAUGGGACUGAAGGAGUAUUUGCAGUGACUCAGCUGGUCAAACGUACCCAGUUUGGCCCCUUUGAAUGCAAAAGAGUUGCCAAACUGGAAAAGGAGUCAGCAUUUCCACUGAAGGUUUUCCAGAAGGAUGGGCCCCUGGUUUAUUUUGAUACCUCUAACGAAGAUGACUGCAAUUGGAUGAUGAUGGUGAGAGCAGCCACUGAAUAUGAACACCAGAACCUGACUGCCUUCCAGCAUGACAAUGAUAUUUAUUUCACCACUUCUCGGGACAUCCCCCCUGGAACUGAGCUGCGAGUGUGGUAUGCAGCUUUUUACGCCAAAAAAAUGGAAAAGCCAGUGCUGAAGCAGGUCACUAGUAUUGCCAAUGUGAGCGCUCCAGAAAGUAGUGAAGCAGAGUCCAGCCAGUGGACGUGUAAAGUGUGCUCAGUAGUUUUCCCGGAACCUCAGCUGCUGACAGAACAUCUGUUGAGUCACUUGGAACAAGCCAAAGGAGUCCCCCAGACAGGCCAAAAUGAUGCACCUCCAGAGAAAUCUUCAGAGACUCCCACUGCCGAUAAGCCUGUAACUGGUGAAAGUGCCAGUGCCAACGUGGACUCCAGGAGGACUCCCCGAAGAGGAAGAAAGCCCAAAGCAACAAAAGCAGAAACACCCCUUGUAAUUGCUGAAGCUAAAGACCCAGCAGUGGAUCGAGUAGCUGAAAUUAUAACAGAGAUCCCACCUGAUGAGGCAGCCCUUCCCUCUGCUGCAGAAGAGAGGAUUAUGGAACUGGUUUUAGGAAAGUUGCCAAGCACCACAAACAACAUUAGUACGGUAACAAAUAGGUUUUCUCAUCACCAAAACACCAUGUCCCUCAAAAGAAGUUUAAUUCUCUCCAGUAGACACGGAAUACGCCGAAAGCUGAUAAAGCAACUUGGGGAACACAAACGGGUCUAUCAGUGCAACAUUUGCAGUAAGAUCUUCCAGAACAGCAGCAACCUCAGCAGGCACAUCCGGUCUCAUGGUGACAAACUGUUUAAAUGUGAAGAAUGUGCAAAGCUGUUCAGCCGGAAAGAGAGCUUGAAGCAACAUGUUUCAUAUAAACACAGCAGAAAUGAGGUCGACAGCGACUACAGGUACAAAUGCGCUACAUGUGAAAAGGCCUUUCGGAUAGAGAGUGCAUUGGAAUUCCACAACUGCAGAACAGACGACAAAACAUUCCAGUGUGAGAUGUGUUUCAGAUUCUUUUCCACGAACAGUAACCUCUCAAAACACAAGAAGAAGCAUGGGGAUAAGAAAUUUGCAUGUGAAAUCUGCAAUAAGAUGUUCUACCGGAAGGACGUCAUGUUGGAUCAUCAAAGGAGACACAUGGAAGGGGUGAGACGUGUGAAAAGAGAAGACUUUGAGCACAACACAGAGAACAUGGUCCGCUACAAGAAGGAACCCUCAGGAUGCCCUGUCUGUGGGAAGGUAUUUUCAUGCAGGAGUAAUAUGAACAAACACCUCCUCACACACGGAGACAAGAAAUAUACCUGUGAAAUCUGUGGACGUAAAUUUUUCAGAGUGGAUGUGCUUAGAGAUCACAUUCAUGUCCAUUUUAAGGACAUUGCACUAAUGGAUGAUCACCAGAGGGAAGAGUUCAUUGGUAAAAUCGGAAUCUCAUCUGAGGAGAAUGAUGACAACUCUGAUGAAAGUGCAGAUUCUGAGCCUCACAAGUAUAGCUGCAAAAGGUGCCAGCUAACCUUUGGCAGAGGGAAGGAGUAUCUAAAACACAUCAUGGAAGUUCACAAGGAGAAAGGCUAUGGUUGUAGCAUCUGUAAUCGACGAUUCGCCUUGAAGGCAACUUACCACGCUCACAUGGUCAUUCACCGGGAGAACCUGCCUGAUCCCAACGUGCAGAAAUACAUCCACCCAUGUGAAAUUUGUGGUAGGAUUUUUAACAGCAUCGGGAAUCUGGAACGACAUAAACUUAUACACACAGGUGUAAAAAGUCAUGCGUGUGAGCAGUGUGGAAAGUCAUUUGCUAGAAAGGACAUGUUAAAAGAGCACAUGAGAGUCCAUGACAACAUCCGAGAAUACCUGUGUGCGGAAUGUGGGAAAGGAAUGAAGACAAAACAUGCUCUGCGUCACCACAUGAAACUUCACAAAGGGAUUAAGGAAUAUGAAUGCAAGGAAUGCCAUCGGAAAUUCGCGCAGAAAGUCAACAUGCUGAAGCAUUACAAAAGGCACACAGGGAUCAAAGAUUUCAUGUGUGAGCUCUGUGGGAAGACGUUUAGUGAGAGAAAUACAAUGGAGACCCAUAAACUGAUUCAUACAGUGGGGAAACAAUGGACAUGUUCAGUUUGUGAUAAGAAGUAUGUAACCGAUUACAUGCUUCAGAAGCACAUCCAGUUAACUCACGAUAAAGUAGAAGCUCAGAGUUGCCAGCUCUGUGGAACAAAGGUUUCUACCAGAGCUUCAAUGAGUCGACACAUGAGGCGCAAACAUCCAGAGGUUCUUUCAGUUCGAAUUGACGAUUUAGAGCAGCUCCCAGAAGCUACCACCAUUGAUGCCUCAUCUAUUGGGAUUGUUCAGCCUGAGUUAACCCUGGAACAGGGAGAGUUACCCGAAAGCAGGCAGAUGAAAGCUCCUAAACGUGGCCAUAAGAGAAAGCAGAAGCCAGGCGAAGAGGAGGAAGUGCAAGUGCCUGAGGAUCCUGCCUUCAGUGAAUACACAGAGAAAGAAGCUGAAUUCACAGGGAAUGUGGGAGACGAAACCAAUUCAGCUGUACAAAGUAUUCAGCAGGUGGUGGUGACCCUUGGCGACCCAAACGUCACAGCCCCUUCUAGUUCUGUUGGUUUGACAAAUAUUACCGUCACCCCGAUUACCACAGCAGCCGGAACCCAAUUUACAAACCUCCAGCCAGUGGCUGUGGGCCACCUUAGUACUCCUGAACGCCAGUUACAGCUCGACAAUUCAAUUCUUACUGUGACAUUUGAUACUGUCAGUGGUUCUGCCAUGCUGCACAAUCGCCAAAACGAUAUUCAGAUCCAGCCGCAGCCCGAGGCAGCCAAUCCCCAAUCUGUGGCCCAUUUUAUAAACCUGACAACCCUGGUGAACUCCAUUGCUCCUCUAGGGAACCAGAUUGCAGAGCAGCAUCCAUUGACAUGGAGGGCAGUGCCUCAGACCGAUGUCCUGCAGCCCCCAUCACAGCAAAUACAACAGCAGUCAGGACAGCAGCAAGUUCAAACAGAGCAGCAACAGCAGAUGUACAGCUAUUGAUUUAUACUUGAACAGUCUUGAAAUAGAUUGGACAAUGAGACAGUUUUUAAAAAAAAAAACUGGAAAACUAUAAGUGAAUUGUUUGCUGGCUACCAAACAGAGAUGAAAAAAUGUUUAUACAAUGAAAUGUAAACUAAAAUUGGCAUAGCACCCUGCAACACUGUGGUCUUGAAAUUCUCCUACUAUUUCUAAAUACAGCACCAUCCAGAAUUUGCAUUCUAAACUCAGCACUCCCAUAUGGCGGUGUGUUUUGUGCAGUAAUGGUUCUGGGUUUUAACAACUGUAUCUCAAUAGAGGGGAAAUCACAAAAAGUAAAUAUGAUUAACCCUUCAGCCAUAAAAUGUAAUUGUUUUCCAAUUUGGAGGUAAGCAUGGAAGUAGUGUAUACAGUGAGCUGGGAUUCACUGGUUGUCACCUUCUAGAGACUGAAAUGUAAAGAUCUAAUUGAGCCCUCUCCCCCCAAAAAAAGAUUGUUUUGUUUUGUUCAUCCUUAAGCAGUAUUGUAUCUAAUUGAAUAUCUGGUUAAGUAAGGGCUAGGGUUUGGGGCUGAAAGUGGGGAGAAGUCUGCAGGGUUAAAGAAAAUGUACCCAAUUCUUCAUCGAGUGCUUGUUCAUGUCCAUUGCAGUCAUGUGUGCAUGCCACGUGCCUGGACAUUGGGACCUCUUUUUCCUCUAGCAGUUCCCAUCAGGUCAGCUGUGGAACCCCCUGGAGUGGCACCUUCAUGGUGUUCUAUAUUUCACCCUGCCAACCAGACCCCCCACCCCUUCAGUUUCUUCUUAUUGUCCAUGGAAGCAUUGGAAAUGCAUUUCGCUUUUUUAGCAAGUGCUCCCUUAACAGCUCUAAUUCUCUGUUUUAGUUAUUUGUUAGCUAAUUGUAGUUAGUUUUAAGUUCCGUAAGGGGUGAGAGACUUUAUUCUAACCCUCACUCAUGAGUCUUGUCUACACUGUCUUGGGGAAAAACAACAGUCAGAAUGCUGUAACAUCCGUAGAGCAUUCGGUCUAAGGACCAAGAAAGAACAUGAAUUCCAAUUGAGACAGCUGCUCAUGGAAUCUGUACUUUAUCCCAUUCCCCAGGAUCACCUGGGUACGGCACCAACCACCUCAGUGAACAGGACCCCAGCCUCUGUCCAAGACACCAUGCUGAAGAAUGACUCUACUAUUUGAGACCCUCAGCACUGCCAUUCAAUGGCACAGAAACAAGACUGAUCAACAUCUCCGGUGGCACAUAAGUGCCAGAAGCCAGACAGAGGGCCCUUCCCUCAUAAAGGACAUAAUGUGGCACCCAUUCAGAGACCAGGUUUCUCAUCAAAAAGAGUCAGGACAGUUGAAUCCAGUGCCAAAGAGAGCACCAUUGAGUCUGGCCUCCAAUGUCUCUCUAACAGGGCAGUGCCAAGUGGAAGUAGUAGAACCUUCCACCCAGAUGCUUUUGAGGUUGCGAAGGGACCUGAUAGAGCUUAUCUUAGCCCAACCCUCGGUAACCAGGGACAAGCCUCCAAUACCAGCACUCUUCAAUGGCACACUGGAACCAUACUCGGAACUGAUCUUGCUCAACAUCAUCCCAGCACUAUGCUCAGAUCCUGUGCGCCUGGCCCUGAGGCAUCGUGGCCCUGUUUUGCUGGCACUGAGCAUGCAUCAGUAGCACUCCCACCUUGCCACCUACAGAUGUUCUAGAGCACAGACUCUGCUUUCUGGUGCCACGCACUCAGCACUAGUCCCCAUUGACUGGUCAUCAGCACCAGUUGUUGGACAGGUAAUCACAGCGCUGAUUGCUGGAGUCCUCUUGGCAUCGCCCUGGUCUUCCCUCUCUGGACUGUUGGAGUCAGAGACUCCAGCUAUUCUAGGCAAUCUCAUCACAUAUCAAGUAGAUGCCACAAGAACAUGUCACUAGCUUGGCAACCUCAAUGGCAAUCCCCUCCCCUUUGGCCCUUUUGGACCUCCUCCUGCCAAGGAAGAAUACAGAGAGAGUCCCGCCCCAGCAGCAGCCAGUAGAGUCUGAGCCUCAGGAGGCCCCUAUGCCACUGCUUGACACCUUCUGUACCUCACUUGAUGGCAGGAGCAUCGGCAGCAGGGCCCCACCCAUCAAUCACAAGGCCCACUGGGACCUUUGCCGAAUUGCCCAAAGUAUGGGCCUACAGGGUGAGGAAGUUGAGGCAGAAGACCCCAUGAUUAACAUUUUAGCCCCAGAGGGGGCUGAUCAGGGUUGCGUUGCCUCUGCUUAAGUCUAUUCAGAACACAACAAAACCUUUUGGGAGUUAUCAGCCUCCAUCCCGCCCAGUGCCAGGGGAGCUGAGAGGAAAUACUUCAUCCCUUCCAAGGGAUAUGAGUAUCUCUUCUUCCACCCACAUCCUAGCUCCAUAGUCAUUUUGGCAGGGAACAAAAAGUAGUGCAAAGGCCAGCAGGUCCAGUGCCCAAAUCCAAGGAUGUUAAGCGCAUGGAUCUUUUCAGAAGGAAGGUCUGUGUCAUGGGUGGCCUCCAGCAGAGGGUAGGUAAUCAAUAGGUAUAAUUCUUGGUCUUCAGAGAGCAAAUUUAUUGAGCUGUUCCAGGUUGAAUUGAGAGCAGAGUGCUCAGCCUUAGUCAAAGAAGGGAAAAUAGUGGUGAGGACCUAGCUACAAGCGUCCCUAGACUCUGCAGACUCAGCCAUGAGAACUAUUUCCUUGAGAGUGAUUAUGAGAAGAACCUUGUGGCUUCAGGCAUCUGAGUUGCCCCAUGAGGUCUGACAGACCCUCCAGGACCUUUCAUUCGAAGGAGGAGGGUUGUUUUUGGAUCAAACAGACUGAAGGCUGCAUAGACUUAAGGCUCUGAAAUCGCUGGGGAUGCAUGUACUUGGGAUUCAGCACAAGCAGUUAAAGCCCCAGCUGCAGCAGCAGCAAUAUCAGCCUUGUAAAAAACAGGACUUCUACCACAGGAAGUGUAGAAACACCUGGUGCAGGCCUGGGGGCCAGCCUUCAGGAAAGCCACAGGGUCUGACCAAAUCAUUGGGUGCCAAACAAGGCAUUUGAAGGUGCACUCGAGAAUGGCAUACCAGACCCACCACCAGAUCCUUCCCCAUGGCUUUGUUUUUUUAAUCAUCUAUCUCACUUCUACUGUGCAUUGGGCCCUCAUCACUUGAGACUACUGGAUUCUUUGCUCGGUGGAAGUUGGAUAUUUUCUCCAGUUCCCUUCUUCCUCACCCUCCUAUCACCUUUCCCUGUCCUUUUGGGGACAUUUCUCACAAGCAGUUGCUUACACCGGAGGUGCAAUCACUCCUUGCCAUAGGAGCAGUGGAGGAGGUUCCUUGGGCGCUUAAGAGGCAAGGGAUUUUACUCCCAGUAUUUCCUCAUCCCCAAAGCAAAGGGGUGUCUCAGACCCAUACGUGAUUUGUGAGAACUCAAUCAGUUCGUGUAAAGCUGAAGUUCUGCAUGAUCUCCCUGAACAACAUCAUACCUUCCUUGGAUCUGAGACUGGUACACUGCCUUAGACAUGAAGGACACGUACUUCCAUAGAGUCAUUCUGCCAUCACAGAGAUGCUUCCUCAGAUUUGUAAUCAAUCAGAAACAUUAUCAGUUCACUGUGCUCCUAGCUUGGUCUGUCAACACUCUCCCUCUCAUAUGUUCACCAAGCGCAUAUUGGUGGCAGCAGCCUUUCUCUGCCAGACGUGAGUUCAGGCGUAUCCCUACCUAGAUGACUGGUUGCUGUGGGGAUGCUCCAGAGAGAAGGAAGAAUUCUAAGUACAGCUACUCAGAGAUACUUUCCCCAGAAUGGAGCUCAUCUUAAACCUGGGGAAAUCCACCCACAUAUCAGCCUUGAGAACAGAAUUCAGUGAUAGCACUGGACUCAAAACAGGCAAAAGAAGUGCUGCCGAUUCCCAAUUCCAAGCCUGAUCACAGAUGCUUCAUGGGUAAACCCCUUAGAGUGCCAAUGCUCUCAGUCAGUGAGGGAAGUCCUUCUUGGCAGGGGGAAACCUUCCACCAGAGCCACUUACCUUGCUAAAUAAAAGAGGUUCUCAAUGCUGGUGUGAGCAGUGUCGCCUACCUCCGCUCCAGGCAUCCAUACCAUUCGUUCUAGAAUACCUGCUCCACUUAAAGCAGCAGGGCCCGGUGGGAUCAUCUAUCAAGGUGCACCUAAGGGGCCAUCUAGCAUUCCACCCCUGGGAGCUGGGGUGCUCAGUAUUCAUCAAUCGCAUGGUAGUGCACUUCCUCAAAGCCCUAGAGUAGCUAUGCCCACAUUCACGACGACCUAUACCUAUCUAGGAUCUCUGCCUAGUCCUCUCUAAGAUCAUGGGUCUACCCUUCAAGCCCCUGGCCACAUGCUUCCUUCAUAUAUCUCUCAUGGAAGGUGGUGUUUCUAGUGGACAUUACAUCAACCAGGAGGUUGUACAAAUUGAAAGCUCUGACUUGUGAACCUCUAUACGCCAUCUUUCAUAAAGACAAGGUACAGCCUUACUGCUUAAGGUUGUAUCUCCAUUCCAUAUGGGACAGGACAUUUUUCUGCCAGUAUUCUACCUGAAACCAUACACUAACGCAUGUCAGCAGAGGCUUCGCUCUCUGGAUGUCUGAGGAGUGCUAGCUUUCUACAUCGAGUGCACAAAAUCACUCAGAAAAUGAAGUGGCAGCAGCCCAAAUGAAAGGUCUCCCAGUCUCAUUGUAACGCAUCUCGUCUUGGAUCUCUGCUAAGGUUCCAGCUCAAAUGAUCACAGCACAUUCAACAAGAGUGCAUGCCUCCUCAGCUGCCUUCCUGGCAUAGAUCCCAUCCAAAAGAUCUUCAGAGUGGCAACCUGGUUCUCAGUGUACACAUUUACCAUUCACUAUGCCAUCAGCCAGCAAGUCAGAGAUGAUGCAGCAGUUGGCAGAGCAGUCCUCCAAUCAGUCAUUCCUUAACUCCAAUUCCACUGUCAGGGCGGGAUGGGGAUCUUGGGAAUCACCUCAUUGGAAUCAACAUGAACAAGCACUCGAAGGGGAAAAAAUAGUUAUUCACCUCUUGUAACUGUUGUUCUUCGAGAUGUGAUAUUCAUAUCCAUUCUAAUAUCCAUCCACCCCAUCCCACCCCCAUUGGAGUAGUUGGCAAGAAGGAACCGGGGGGGAGGGGGAAAGUGUCGGGUUGGCAGGAUGAUAUACAGUGUGCCAUGAAGACGCUGCUCCAGGAGCUCCAUGGCUGUCCCAAAGGGAGCUGCUGGGGAGGAAAGUUUCCGGUAUCUGUGCAUGCAACACACACACAACUGAUUUACAAUGGAUGUGAACAACAUAUCUUGAAGAAUAACAGUUAUGAGAGGUGAGUAACCCAUCUUUUUCAUGAAAUAUUUCCAUUGUAGUGAUGGAAAAAUCUUUUAUCAGUAAAACAUGUCAGUGCUACCUGAAGCAAAUAGCCAGUCUAAUAUUUAUAAAAACCUUUAUGGUCUUCUAGUAAAUGUAAGUUUAAAUCAAACCAGUUAUGAGCUGAAACCAUAAUGUGAUAAAAUUUAUUUAAUUUUGUCAAAAUUGCUCUUUCAGUAUUGCUUUUAUCUAAUAGGCCUGAAGAGCAAUCGGUCCCCUUUGAUCAAGUUCAGGAUGUGAAUUUACCAAUUAGUCUUCUUUCAUCAUGUAAUAAACAUUUGAGAGAGUAA